ACUUUCUCGUUUUUUGACUUUGAAAAAAUCAUAACAAAAAAAAUCGGGUUGAUAUUUUUGAAUACUGACGGUUUGAGAAUUGCUUAAAAAUCAUGAUUUGAUAGUGAAAAUAAUAACUUGCAAUUUUGGCUAAAUAAUCGUGUGCACACUACAUAGACUAUAGUUUUAGGUGAAAAAUCAUAGUCGGAUUUUUUUUAAUUUCUUGUGGAAAAAGUUUUUCGGAAUCAAUUCCCAUGGGUUAGAAGAUGUGUAUAAGUUAAUAAGAUGGUCCAUAGAGAUAAGUUAAUGGGUGGUUGACUGCUUGUUGGUUAUGAGUUCAAAGGAGGUGAGUCUGUUUAGAUAAGAAGAUGUGAACAGUGAAGACUGAUAUAGCCGUUGGCAUUACGAAAAGGUCGAAUAAAAAUAAAUAAAUAAAAGGCCUCGUGACCGUUACCUGUUCUUAUAUUCAAAAAUUACAGUGAAGAAGAAACCUCACUACGUACUAAACCCAAAACAAUCCCAUUGAGAAAUGAGAGAAACCCAACAACAACAACAACAGCAACAGCAACAGCUUGAAAUGGCAGAAGAGCUAAUGCAGCAGCUCAGAUCCAAAGCCACAGAGCUCUUACUCAGAGAAGAAUGGAGCGAAUCCAUACAAGUCUAUUCUCAGUUCAUCAAUCUCUGCCAACACCACAUCAAUGAAACCACCCCAGACAACCUCCCAAAGCUCCACAAGUCCCUCUGCCUGGCCCUCUCGAACCGAGCCGAAGCGCGAUCCAGACUCCGAGACUAUGCACAAGCCUUGAAGGAUUGUGAUGAGGCACUGAAAAUUGAGAGCACCCAUUUCAAGACUCUCAUCUGCAAAGGUAAGAUUUUGCUGAAUUUGAACAGGUACUCCAUGGCAUUGACUUGCUUCAGAACUGCUCAGCUUGAUCCUCAGGCAAAUGGGAGCUCGGUUGGGCUUAAUGGGUACUUGCAGAAAUGCAAGAAGCUCGAACUGAUGUCGAAAACUGGAGCUUUCGAUAUGUCUGAGUGGGUGAUCAAUGGGUUUCGGGCUAAGCCUCCGGAGCCGGCUGAGUACAUUGGGGCGGUGGAGAUGAGGAAGUCGGGGAUUAGAGGGCGUGGUUUGUUUGCGACGAAGAAUAUGGAAGCUGGGAGUUUGGUGCUGAUUAAUAAAGCUGUUGCAACGGAGAGAGGUAUUUUGCCGGGUCAAGAUUUGGAUGAGAAUGCCCAAUUAGUUAUGUGGAAGACUUUUACUGAAACAGUGAUGGAUUCCGUGGCCAAAUGUUCGAGAACAUGUGGUUUGAUUAGUACUUUGUCGAGUGGUGAAGAUGAGGAUGGGCUUGAGGUGCCUGAGAUUAAUCUGUUUAAGCCUGACUCGGAGCACUUUGGGUACUCAAAUGAGAAGAAGCUUGAUGCGAGUAGGAUUUUAAGUAUUUUGGAUGUCAAUUCGAUUGUUGAGGAUUCGAUUUCGUCAAAGGUUUUGGGGAAGAACAGUGAUUACUAUGGUGUUGGGCUUUGGGUACUUGCUUCAUUUAUCAACCAUUCAUGUAUUCCCAAUGCAAGGCGUUUGCAUGUUGGGGACUAUGUGAUUGUUCAUGCUUCAAGAGAUGUCAAGGCUGGUGAGGAGCUAACAUUUGCAUAUUUCGAUGUGCUGAAUCCGUUGGAAAAGCGCAACGAAAUGUCAAAGACUUGGGGGUUUAGGUGCAACUGCAGGAGGUGUAAGUUUGAGGCUGAACUAUGUUCGAGGCAAGAAGGCGUUGGAGAGAUUGAGAUGGGUUUCGAAAGAGGGAUGGAUUCUGGUGCUGCGGUCUAUAGGCUCGAGGAAGGCAUGAGAAAAUGGAAGGUGAAGGAAAAGGAAAAAGGGUACUUGAGAGCUUCAUUUUGGGCUGCAUAUGGCUCAGAGAAGUUGAUGAGAAGUUGGGGAAGACGGAUCCCAAUGAUGGAGUCCGUGGUUGAUAGCAUUGUGGAAGCUGUGGGAAGUGAUGAGAGGGUGUUGAAGAUGGUGGUGGAGAAGAUAAAGAAAGGUAAUGGUGGCAGUUCAGUGGUGGAAAUAGAAAGAGCUUUGAAGUUGGGAAGAGGAGUUUAUGGAAAAGUAAUGAAGAAGCAAGCAAUGAAGAGUCUUCUUGGCCUUGGCAUUCUUGAACCCAGCUAUUGACUAAUAGCUAAUUUUCUAUUGUUUUUAAUCUCCUGUUUAAUCAUUUUUCUUGUUCACAUUUACAAUGUAUAGUUCGUGAUUAAUUUGCAGAAAUUUUGGCAGAGUUGGGUUUUUGCCUCCUUCUUGGCUGAAGAACUUUGAGCUUAUUUUUGUUUCAUCCUCCCCGUCAUGAGCUUUAAUGAGAUGUUUUAAGAUUUCCAAUAGUAAGAU